CAUUUUCUCCCUGCCAUUUUGAGUUGUUCUAGUGGUAUAUGAAGAAGCCUAGGAUAACUAGCUUGAAAGAAAUUAAAUCUAGUUAUACACAUCUUUGGCAUUAAUCUGAUGUUUACUAGUGAUAUCUCGCACUGAGCAGUUAUGCUUUGCUUCUAGGAGCUUCUCUUUUUAAAACAAAAGAAAGCUCUUUUCAUUUUCUGUGUGCUGCAUGCUCUAAUGUAUGUGUUUACACCAUCGGUUCUUAUACCUCUAGAGAUUAGCAUAACUCCCUUUGCUGUUGGAUUGUUGUUUUGAGCAGUAUGUUUUGGAAAGGUUGAUUUUCAUCAUGAGUGCACGCAAAUCAUCAGAAGCAUCUGCUUGCUCCUCUUCAGAAGUAUCUGUGAAAGAGUUUCUAGCCAAAGCCAAAGAAGACUUUUUAAAAAAAUGGGAAAAUCCUGCUCCGAAUAAUGCUGGGCUGGAAGAUUUUGAAAGGAAAAAAACCCUUGGAACAGGUUCAUUUGGAAGAGUCAUGUUGGUGAAACAUAAAGCCACUGAACAAUAUUAUGCAAUGAAGAUCUUAGAUAAGCAGAAGGUUGUUAAACUGAAGCAAAUAGAGCAUACUUUGAAUGAGAAAAGAAUAUUACAGGCAGUGAAUUUUCCUUUUCUUGUUCGACUGGAGUAUUCUUUUAAGGAUAAUUCUAAUUUAUACAUGGUUAUGGAAUAUGUCCCUGGUGGUGAAAUGUUUUCACAUCUAAGAAGAAUUGGAAGGUUCAGUGAACCCCAUGCACGGUUCUAUGCAGCUCAGAUAGUGCUAACAUUCGAGUACCUCCAUUCACUAGACCUCAUCUACAGAGAUCUAAAACCUGAAAAUCUCUUAAUUGACCAUCAAGGUUAUAUCCAGGUCACAGACUUUGGGUUUGCCAAAAGAGUUAAAGGCAGAACUUGGACCUUAUGUGGCACUCCAGAAUAUUUGGCUCCAGAAAUAAUUCUCAGCAAGGGCUACAAUAAGGCAGUGGAUUGGUGGGCAUUAGGAGUGUUAAUCUAUGAAAUGGCAGCUGGCUACCCCCCAUUCUUUGCAGACCAACCAAUUCAGAUUUAUGAAAAGAUUGUUUCCGGAAAGGUUCGAUUCCCUUCUCACUUCAGUUCAGAUCUCAAGGACCUUCUAAGGAACCUGCUGCAGGUGGACCUGACGAAGCGGUUUGGAAAUCUAAAGAAUGGUGUGAGUGAUAUAAAAACUCACAAGUGGUUUGCCACAACUGAUUGGAUUGCUAUUUACCAGAGGAAGGUUGAAGCUCCAUUCAUACCAAAGUUCAGAGGCUCUGGAGAUACCAGCAAUUUUGAUGACUAUGAAGAAGAAGAUAUCCGUGUCUCUAUAACAGAAAAAUGUGGAAAAGAAUUUUGUGAAUUUUAGAGAUGAGCAACAAGAUGACAUCAGAGCUCACACUCAGUCUUUGCACUCUGUUAAGAGAUAAGGUAGAGCUGAGACCGUUCUUGUCGAAGCAGUUACCUAGUUCCUUCAUUCCAGCGACUGAGUGAGGUCUUUAUUGCCGUCAUCCGUCUGUGCACUCUACAUCCAACUAUGUAACAAGGCACCGCUAAGCAAGCAUUGUCUGUGCCAUAACACAGAACUAGACACUUUCCUGCUUCUCUUUGGUUCGUCUUUCUCCUCUUCUCCUAAAUCCAUUUCUUCCCGUUUCAUUUUCAUUAAUUUUUCUGCAAAUAGUGCUUCAUUUUAUUUUGCUGGUGUUGCAGAUGGGCAGUGUUACGGCUAUGUGACAUUGGAAGGGAAGGAUAUAUGUUGCUUUUAGUAGUUCUUACCAAUAUUUUUGUUAGUUGCUUAAGGAUAUACUUUCUAAUAAUUAUUUUUACUUUGAGUAGCUCAUAUUAGGUUUUGCCAAAACGCUGGACAAUUUUUGAAGAUAGAAUGUCUUUACACCAAGGAUAUUUAUACAAAUAAAACAAUAACUUUCCUAGAACUAAUACAGAGUAGCUAGACCCAGCAAUUUGGAUUCCUACAGAUCAGAAGCUCUAUUUCACUUCACCGCCUUUCCUGUCAUCCUCCCCUCGAGUAAAUAAGCGACCAGCCUGUGCAGUAUGACAAGCGUGUCUCCUUUGCAGGAAAAGCUAAUGAUAUGGAUCAUCAUCGCCCAGGUUCUCUCACUUGAUACCAGCAUUUAUGUAGGUAUCAGAGAAGAGUUCUAAGAUUUCUAAACUUUAACUUUCCAUAAGGGUUUUAGCCAGUAUUUUAAUAGAACAUGACUAAUGAAAGUGACACAUUUUUAAGUUUCUCAAAUAGUCCCCAUUGUAAACUUUUGAAAGGAAGAGAAAUGAAGUAAAAAGAACAUUAAGUGAACAAAUACUUAGCUAAGUCAAACAAGUGGCUUGAUUCUUGUAAACAAUAUAGAGGCACUUUUGUUUAAAUAUAGAGGUUUUUUUGUUUAUUUUGCUUUGCUUUGCUUUGUUUUGUCACAGUAAGAACAAAAGUUGUUGUCAGGUGAUUAUGCUGGUGUACUGUAUUUGUCAGCCUGAGGUAGAGGCCCUGUUGCAACUUUGGCUUUCAUCCUAUGCCUCAGCAAUGAGGAAAGGGGACAAAAUUUAUAAAACUACCACAACUGUGUUUUAGUUUUGAGGUGUGGUAUUUUUAGAUAUGUUGUAAUUUCUUGCCUCUUCUUUCAGUAAAUGGAAUUAUGAUCAUGCAGAUACAAUUUUAGUAUUUGAGUUUAGUUUUUUUUAAUAUACUUUUUUGCCAAUUGACUUAUCAUUGCUGUCAUGUGGAAAUUUCAAGCACUUUUGCACAUUUCGUUCACUGUUUGUUGAGACUCCACGGCUUAACUCAGUUUUUUAAAUAUGUUUUUUCUUUGCUUUUAAAUUUCCUGUCUGGUUUUAUCUCUAUGUGUCAGUGACCUAUCUUAAAACAACACACCAAAAUAGUUGAAAAUAAACUGUGUUCAUUUUUUAUGAUCAAUUUAUAUGCAUAUAAGAUGAGUUGUGUUUAAUCAAACUGGUCUUAAUGUAUAUAAGCACUCUAUUUGCUUCAUUAUCGGUGCAGGUAGGUCACUGAUUCUACUUCUUUUCAUCUGUACCACACCCUUGUAAAACCUUUGAAGACACUGAAAAAAUCUGUCUGAGAUAUUCUCCUUAUCAGUCUGUACAUCUUUUGGUUGUCAAGUGUUUCUGCAUGGUCAUGUCACUUAAAAGCUGAUACUGAUUUGUUGGUCACCUAUAUUUAAAAUGUGCAAGAAAAAUAUGAAAUACUUUGCUGUAGCAAGUUUUAUGUAACAAAAAUAUAUCAUGUUAAUAAAUCUAAAAAAUUUUAAUUACUUUUUUUGUAUUUCAUUUAGACCCAAGAACAUGCUCAUCAUGUAUUCUAUAUGUAUGCUAUAAAUGCUAUGGUACCUUUGUUGUAUAUUAUUGUAAAAUUAUUACAAAAUAAUUUUAGUAAAUCAUGGGGGUGACAUUUUGAUUAUUACAUUUUUAGUUUUCAGUAAUUAAAAAGAUUUCUAUGAAUUCUAAAAAAAAAAAAAUAUGAAAUUA